UUAAGAGUAUAUAAUACACCUGAAACCUAAAAACAAGGAACCUGAAACGUUAUAUACAAAUGACAGAUCCGUAGUGAUUAUAUAUCAUAGAACAAGAAAUUACAUGGAAGGAACUAAAAACAAGGAAUUACAUAGAAGGAGUGAUAAAGUUGUCAAUUCAUAGCAGGCUAAUGUAUAGAAAAUGUUAUACGGCUGUAUAACGCUACCAAAUUCAGAUACAACCUCCUUACGUAGUUUCUACAUAAACUGUGUCGAAUAUAUAAUCUAGUAAUGUAAAAUUUGAUAUGGACAAAUAAUUGACAUAUCAAACAUUCAAACAUAUCAUACACUAGCAUGGUAUGAAUUGAGAAAAAUAGUAAAUGAUGGUGUAUCUUUCAUCCUCUUUUUACUAAUUAUAUUUGCAUAAGAAGAAAGGAAGCAAUAUAAAAUAAAUAUUUUUUAUGUAAUUCCUUAUUCUUAGCCUGUCUUUAAACAUAGUCUGUCUAAUCUGUGGUCGUUUCUUCCUAUCGAACAAAGUAUUCCGGUAAUUUUUAAAAUUAUAAGUCUAUUUUGCCAUUUUUUCUUUUUCUUAAACAUAUAUAACAUAAUAGAGUACUUACAAGGUAACGAGUGCAUACAACUAUAUAAUAAAUAUAUAGUACGGACUUAAAUCACAAACACAGACAUAGUGCCCUUUCAGUGGUUCAGUGUCGAAGUCUUAUACACAAAUUAUAUAGAGAUGCUAAUGCAUGAAGCUUAGAAAAUUUUUAUUGUUAACUAUUAAUUUGUAGAGUGUAAUGGCAUCUAAGAGAUCUAAUAGUGUGACUGGAAGUCAGAGCAAAAAACACAAAACAGACGAUGAGUAUCUUCAGAAUAGUUAUCUACGCAAGACUCUGAUAGAAAGCGGCUUAAUAUUGAAACACCCUCCAGAGAAAUGUAUAGCUUCUGAGAAAACUAUUAUCGUGAUACGCAAUAUAAAGAAAAAUAUUCAGAAACAUUUUGAUUAUCCUCGGAAUAUUACAGAUUUAUAUAUGAAUUUAAAACAAGAGUGUCACAAUUUAGAUGUUUUCAAACAAUAUUUGUUCCCAAACAUAAUCAGAAUUGUUAGUGAUAGUUCUGAUGAAAUUAUUCUUAGUGACAGUGUCUUUAAAAUAUUGCUAAAUGUUCCUAUUCUUCAAAAUAAAUUGAUUGAUUUUAUAUUUGAAAAAGCUAUAGAUUUAGCAAGCGAGUCUAACUGUAGUCCGUGGAUUCAAAUGAUACUCAAAUGUUUCUCUUCUUUGAAUAAUAUAUCGGACUCUGAAAAAAUGGCUACAAACCUUAUUAACUUAUUAGAUGUAACUACCGAAAAGAUUGUUCGUUUGGAAAUUAUAUCUGCAAUUCCGGGCAUUAUUGGUGACCAGGAACACAGCAAUGUUGCAACUGAAAUGAGCAGAAUAUUGAGUGAAGAUCAAGACUUGAUACCGGCUAUUUUAGAUUGUCUCUCAUAUCUUUGUUUAUCUAAUGAAGAUUAUGAGAAGUUGCAAAAAAAGACAUUAAAUAUUUUGUUGAGUUUGUCAAAAUGUGUACAUUUUCCCAAUUUUGUUAAAUUUUUACUUCAACCAUCUCGAAUUAGUGAUACAGCAUAUUUAGAGGCAGUACAAGGUUUAAGAAAUGCUUUAGGUUGGUCAACUUCAAUAGCAAAAUAUCAAGACAUUGCUACAAGCCAAGUACUCACAGCAGUUGCUAUCAGAAAUUCCAUGGUAUCAUCAAAAGUGAUUGCUAAUGCAUGGUUAAAAGUAAUAUCUGCUUGUAAAGUUAAUACUGAUCAUAAAGCUAUUGAUUUCAUUAUAUUCUUAAUUUUAUAUUCCACAUCAGAAGAAAAACAGAAACAGGUUGAAAUUAUUAUAAAAAAGCAAAUUAAAUGUAAUGCCCUGAAAGAAACCCUUUUAGAUGAGUGCUUUGAGAAAUACAAGCCAAUAUUGAGGGAUUACUUAAAACAUCUCAUUUGUCUUACAAAUUCAUUACUGAAAGUAAAAGCAGAUAUAGUUAUUGCAACCUUCGCUUCACAUUUAUACACACUGAUGUUCUCCAAACUUGAGAACAGCUCUCGGACAGUUGUUGCUGAAAUACUUCAAUUAGGUUUAGACAGUAAACAUUGUGUUCUGAAUAUACUACUUAUAUUAAACAGUGUUGCAGCUAAAGACAUAUCUUUACUAAAACCACAGAGUGUUCAGAUGUUAACAUUACUGGACAGAAUGGAUGACAUGAAUUUGAAUGAAAUUAGGGCUAUAAUGAAUUUACUGUGUGGACUUGCUUACAGUUAUGAAAACUCUGUUAUAAGAGAUGAUAUUCAUAUGGUAAUAAGAAAAGAACUCAGUAGUUCUAGCCCUAAAAUUAAAUUGCAAGGCAUCCUUGCUGGCAUUCAUGCAGUGAAAUAUCUUAUGGCUAACAGUAAUGAUGAUUACACACCACAUUUAUCAGAUGAUAAUAGUUUUGGAUCUGUUUCUCAUUUGUCUGAAGGUGAUCUCCGUGAAGCUGCUGUAAUUAUUGAAUUAAUUAGCCAAAGCACCCGUCAAUUACCUGACAUGAUUGCUUUUUUUUAUGAUGAAUUUACCAAAGUUAUUGAAACAGCAUCUCAUAUAAACAAACAAUUUCUGUCGUGGCUUACAUAUGCAGUCACAAAUGACUUGCAACAAAAUUUUAUUGUUGAAAGUAUAGAAAAAGAAAUGAUUGGUGAGCUAAAAUUAUCACUACAAUAUUGUCUUAAUACUGAAAGUGAAAUGGAUGAAACCAUAGCAAUAAACAUUGCAGGAUUAGCUUUACAAUCUAAAAGUGAAAUAGAUGUGGGUAUCUUGUCGUCUCUCUUUCAACUUGUACAAAUAUUGCACUGCAAGCAAUAUGAAGGAGAUUUAUCAAAUAUAGAUGCAUUGUUAGGAUGUGCAGUUAUAAUGCCAGUAGUUGAUUUAGAUGUAAUUGAAGAUCUAGAUAAUUCUUCUAUCAGUAAUAUUUUGGAUUGUUUAAUUCAUUGUGUCAAUUGGUUUAGAGAGUUAUUGAAUGCCUUUGCUAUGCAAGAUGAUGAUGCACUGAAAACGAAAAUAUUAAAAAGAGUUCUUCAAAUUGAAGAAUUAGAAAUAUUAAUUGAGAAAAUUAUUUUAAAAUCCACUGUAACAUAUAAACCUCCAGUUUGUAAUUUUAAUGUAAAAAAAUAUACAGGAGAACAAAUUGAAAAAAGGCCAUUCAGAACACAGAUAUCAAAAUUAAAAGCUCAGAAAGUUAAUGCGCAAGAUGAUGCACUGAUACCAGAAACAGUCAAGACUCAAGGAACACAAAACAAUCAGAACACAGUAAAAAGUAAACUUGAUUCCGUUCAUAAUGUCCCUCUUCGUCAUUUAGGACUAAAUGUGCUCCAUUUGUUAAAGAAUGAUUUAUCAUCGAAUGCUGACAGUGGUGAAUCUGAUAUGUCUAUUAAAACACUAAAAUUCGUCUUAAAAUGUGUUAAUAAUAAUAUAGAAAAUAUACUGAUUGCUAAAAUAAAGAGUCAAGCAUUUCUCCUAAAACAAGAUCAUUCUAUGAUGUAUGAUCCAAAAAAAGCGGAAGAUUGUGCUAAAUUAAUUAGUGACAUAUUACCAAAAACAGUAGAUCAUCUUAAAAAUAUAACAUUUUUUCUAGAUGAUUUUAUUGCAUCUCACAAUAAUCAAGAUGAACAUGUAUUUAAUCUAACAUCUGAAGUAAUGGAUUAUAUUACUUGUUUAGAAUAUAUAUUUAAUAUGUAUACAAUAUAUUUUAAAUGGAUUGGAUUUAAAAGUCAUCAUAAUGCCUUAUUAAAAUGCUCCCUCCAAACUAUAGCAUUUACUGAUAAUACUAAUCUAGUGUCAUUAAAAGACUUAGUAUCAGCAGCGGUUAAGCAUCUUAAAAAAUAUGAAAAGUACUGUUUACAGUUGACUACUGCUGUAGCACUGAUAGAAUUGUUGAAAUCUGUUCAGGAAUAUUCUGAGAACACAGUUACUUUGAAAAUACUUAGAGGUAUGGCUCAUAAUUUCUUGUCACAAAAAUGGCUUACUCCAGAUGGAAUACCAGAAAAGGGUUUAUUUUUUAAUCAGAGUGUGGAUAAAUUUGCUGCUCUGUAUUUCAUUAACAAUGAAAUUGUAGAACUAAAAGCUUUAACUAUUCAGUUGGCCAAUGAUAUAAAAGUAUUGAAAAGUCGAAAUGAUACACUGAGUUCACUGAAAACUAUUAGCAAAGGAAAUUUUGCUAUUUUGUACAGAAAUUUAGGAACAGCAAUUCAUGAAUCUACUAAAUCUCGUUUAAAUAAAGGAUUAACUAAUACAGAUCAUUUAGAGUUAUGGAAAGAUGUGGCUAUUAUUUUGAAGCAUAUGUCAGAUAUAGCAAAAACUCUUGAAAAUAGAAAUAACUUAUCAGCAUUUUUCAAAAAAUCUCUUCCAAUUAUUAAAUUAUUUUUAUCUCAAGGCAUUCCCAUAUUAGAAAUUCAACUGAAAAAUGAAACGGAAGAAGUAUUAGAAAUUUUGAAAAUUCUUCAACAAUCUACAAGAUUUUUGCAAUCGCUCUGUUGUCAUUCUAGAUUAAAGAAAGACAUUGUUUUAAUGAGUAAAGUACCAUAUAUGAGGCAGUUACUGGAGACACUGAUUUACAAGGUAAAAGCAGCACUAGUUGCUAACAAAUGCUCUGAAGCAUUUUGGAUGGGCAAUCUAAAAAACAAGAAUAUUCAUGGAGAAGUUAUAGCCAGCCAGGAGAGUAUAGAAAGUGAACAAUCAGCUGAAAAUGAUGAUGAAGAUUUACUUGAAGAAGAUGAAAGUACAAAUAGCGAUGAUGAAGUCCUUAAUCCUGAUUCUAAAAGUAUCAGUGACAUUGUUUAAUGUAAUUUGUAAACCUGUUGUUUAAACUACAGUACAAAAACCUAACACAAUAAAAAAGUUUAUAUCACUAAUAUUGUUAUUAUUGCUAGAUAGCUUCAUAGAGGUAUCAAAGUCUAUCAAAUUAUACAUAUAAUCGAAGAACAAUGAAAAAACUAUAGUAGAAUCUCAAUUAUCCGAAUAUUUGUAAACAGAAAUAUGACAGUUCAUCUAGCAGGCA